ACCGAGUCAGUGGAACAUCGCGGCUGAGUGAAUCUCGCCGGUCGUGUUUUACCAACACGCUCGCGGUUUCGCGAGGAAACAUUAAAAACGCGUUAUCGCGGGCCCAUUACGUUCGGGUAAUGAGCAACAGAUAACAACAAUAAACGAAGAGGACACAAAAAAGUGCAAUCUUGUAAACGAUGUUCUUUCCACCCUGGAUUUAACAGUAACAGCAAUAAAACCGUGCGAUAGCUUCGUCCUCUCUUGUUGAAUCUGUGAUAUCAGUAUUAAUUUUCGAAGCUUUAAAAGCAUCUAAACGAUCAACAUCUCCUUCAUUUUGUGAGUAGUUCUCUGAGACAUUGUGUCAGUCGAAGAUCGAGUAAUUUUAUGUUAAUUUAAAAAUUUUUUAUUAUCACGCUGCAAAAUUGCGAUUGUUAAAUUGCAACGUUUGAAAAAAUAAAAAUAAGGUAAAGAGAAAUGAAAUUAGAAUACACGACACCAGGGAUCAAAGUGUUGAUAUCAGUUUGAAAUCAAAGGCUCUGAAAAUUUCUAUCUGUGAUUUACAAAAAUAUAAAUUGUCAAAUUGCAAUGCUCGAAGAAAUAAAAAUAAGGUGAAAAGUAAUAAAAUAACAAUACACGACAGCAGGGAUCAAAGUGUUGAUAUCAUUUCGAGAUCUGACUCAAGAUUUUAAAGCUAAUCUGAAAAUUUCUGUCACCUGUAAUUUGCAAAAUUAUGAAUUGUCAAAUUGCAAUGCUCGAAGAAACAAAAAUAAAGUGAAAAGCAAUAAAAUAACGAUACACGACACCAGGGAUCAAAGUGUCAAUAUUUAAUAUCAUUUCAAGAUCUGACUCAUGAUUUUAAGCUGAUCUGAAAAUUUCUGUCACCUGUAAUUUGCAAAAUUAUAAAUUGUCAAAUUGCAAUGCUUAAAGAAAUAAAAAUAAAGUGAAAAGCAAUAAUCGAAGUUUGCCAUUGCUAGAAAAUUGUAAUAUAAAAAUUCCAAAAGAGUGCAAAGUCUAAUUGGAAGCGAUUGAAAUGCAGUUCGAGCACCGAUUGUUGUGAAACAAUGACAUGUCAAGGAUGAUCGAAGAAGAUCCAUCUAACUGUCGUUAGAUAUCGUGAACGAAAAAAUAGAGGAAGCGGAGGAAGUUGUCAAGGGAACCGAUAGGACAGGUGUUUUCAGUGACGUAACCAGUCCAUUUUCUCGCAAAUGAAAAGAGCAAACGUUAUUGUUAGUAACUGAUAAGUGGAGACCGGUGGUCAGGUAUUGGCUCGUGCCUAUAAGACGUCCUACAUCAUUGCUCGUACAUCAGUAGAUCCUCCAGCGGUUAACUCGACACCUUGCGAUCAUCGAAGACCCAGCUGUUUCAUCGACAAACAAGCUUAGACGAUGAUGUCGAAGAGGAUUUAAAGGUCAACGUUUAAAAAAGAUCUGGAUAAGAAGACUAGUGAAAUUUUUAUCUAUUUUGUUCUAAUUAAAGAUAAUCAUCGAAGGACGAAAAUAGACUGUGAUCAUAGCAAAAUAACCCAAACAAAAUUCGAUCGCAGUGGAAGUCAAAAUAACUUGAGAUAAUCAUCGGGAAUGUCUUCGUUUUUCGCCUCGAGCGUAAUUAUCAUUGGAGAUCGAUCGCGAUAAAUUAAAAGACGAUAAUUAACAACGUGAACUGGAUUUUCCAUUUUGAUCGCCAAUAAAAGAGAAAGACAAACAGAAACCGCGCGAGGCUGGAAAUUAUUCAGGGAAGUAUCAGAAAUUAUCGACACUCGAGGUGAGUGAAAGAGUGUAAGGAUUUUUCUCGUGAGAAAUUCCUUGGCUUAUCGAUAAGUCGACGAUCUAAUCGCGGGAUCUUCAAGAUCGCGAAAAGAAGAGGUGUUUGUUUGAAGAAAAAAUCCUUCGGCCGGGGAUCCUUGAUCGAUAAGAAACGAGAAAUUGAGGUCUCGACGAAGAAGAAUAAAUAGUAAUAAAAAGAUGACAUAAAAUUCUAAGAAAAUCGUCUUUUGAAUAAGAAAGUUCUUUCACCUCAAACGCACACCUGAUACGAUUAAAAGAUCCAACUUUUUAUUAAAUAUCAAAGUAAAGAAAAUGAACGGAGAAGUACCAAAGAGUGCAGUUUCGAAUGAAAAAUCCUCAGCAGAGAAAGAAGAGAAACAAAAUCUAUUGCCGACGUUGGUGCAAACUGUUCCGGUGAUCGUAAAAGUACCAAACAGUACGUGCGCCUCGUUCAGAAGCAGGAGUCGUUACAGAGCAGGUCCAACGCGGAAGCUUCGUCGACGAGCGGUGUUAAAGAACGGGGACUGCAACGUGUUGCAGUCGCGGAUCUCCAGACGUUCCCUCCGUUUCCUCCAGGACAUCUUCACCACCUUAGUGGACACACAAUGGCGAUGGACGUUGCUCUGCUUCAGUUUGAGCUUCGUCCUCUCCUGGUUAGGAUUCGCUGUGAUCUGGUGGUUGAUCGCCUUCACCCACGGCGACUUCGACGAACGUCACCUGCCGCCGUACCAGACGGAGAACAACUGGACACCUUGCAUCUACAACAUAUUCUCGUUCACCAGUUGCUUCCUGUUCAGCAUCGAGACGCAGCACACGAUCGGUUACGGUAGCCGUUCGACCACCGAAGAGUGUCCCGAGGCGAUCUUCGUUAUGUGCAUUCAGAGUAUCGCCGGUGUUAUGAUCCAAGCGUUCAUGGUCGGCAUAGUGUUCGCAAAGAUGAGCAGACCGAAACAGAGGACCCAGACGCUGUUGUUCUCGAGGAACGCGGUCAUUUGUCAAAGGGACGGUGAAUUGUCACUGAUGUUCCGUGUCGGUGACAUGAGGAAGAGUCACAUAAUAGGAGCUGCGAUCAGGGCUCAGGUGAUUCGUUCGAAGACCACUAAGGAGGGCGAGAUAUUGUCGCAGAAUCAACAGGAAUUAGCAGUCGGCACCGACGGUCAGAACGAGAAUCUCUUCUUCAUAUGGCCGACCACGAUCGUCCACAAGAUCAACGCGGACUCGCCGUUUUAUAACAUGUCCGCGGAGGACAUGCUGACGGAGAGGUUCGAAGUGGUUGCGAUCCUCGAGGGUACGAUUGAGUCUACCGGGCAAACGACUCAAGCUAGAUCCAGCUACCUACCGCAGGAGAUACUCUGGGGUCACAGAUUCGAGCCGAUGGUCUCCUAUUCGAAAGAGAGACAAGGCUACGAGGUGGAUUACUCGUUGUUCAAUAGCACGACGCAGGUCGACACGCCUCUGUGCUCCGGCAGAGAGCUCGCCGAGUUUUAUAAGGUGCAGGAGGAGCUUCGUCAUGGGAACGGUGCGAUAAUCGACGAGGAUUACCUAGGGGAGUCCUGUCAGGACGCCCAGUGUCAUUGCGGUCACCGUCCAGCCACCGUGUCUAACCAUCACCACCAUAACCAUCCCAUGACGUACGUAGACAGUGCCAGAAGCGAGACCAGCACCGAGGAGACGAUACCCUGUCGGAACGUUUAUCACGGACCGACGAUACCGUCUCGAGAUCACGGCCAGUACAAGAUCCUCGACUUAGAUCCCGACGGGAUUCAAGUGAUGGCCGAGUGCGAGCUUCAGCAGCUGCCGGAAGCGGUGAACAAGGAGAUCCUGAAGAACAGUCGCGAGAUCAUCUUCGAGGAGCCAGAGACAUGGAGAGAAGGUAGCCCGUUACUUAGAUCCACCUGUCGACGUGGCGUAAAUAAACAUCCUCUGCUGGACGAAGAGAGGAGAUCGUUGAACAGUUCCAGAAGAAGCCUCUACCAUAGGAACAUUAUCAGAGGGAUGGAAGAGGAGAAAAGAUCGCUCGAUGGUUCCAGGAAGAACCUCGCUGCUUCCAGAAGGUAUCUGUUGAUUCCUUUGGACAACAAGACUCCAGAAACGAACAAGGACAAUCUUCCUGUAACCAGAAGACACACGGGGAGCAGGGAGCGUUUGAACUCGAUGAGGAAGAACAUUUCUGUGAAAGGAUCAAAGGAGACACCGGAAUUGAUCAACAGAGGGAGAUUGAACUUCAACGACGACAGACUGACGAUUGAAACAGAGAAAUGUCUGAAAUUACCUCGGACCCAGGAGUUGUCGUCCGAAAGCAACAGGACGUCUCUGUCCGACCCGAAUCUAUCACCUAACGGGUAUGCUUCCUCCAGAUGUUGCCAAUCGCCGAUUCUGGGUCAUCCUAUAUCCCCAGAGUCCGGGUUCUACGAAGGAACCCAAUGGAGCUCCAGUCCCGAGUGCGUCAGAAAGGAUCUCCGGGUUCCAAACGAAGCGGCGAUGACGAGAAACAGAAGGAGCUACGAGAAUGCUCAACUCCAGGAUGUAAACGAGGCUCUCUCGAGGCCGAACAGCGACAACAGCUCGCUGGACAGCGACGAGUGCGGCAAGAAUUCGUGCAACGACACCGUUCCUCGGAAAUAUCCCGAGAGGAACGUUGUUUCGAAACAGCCGAUCUCUUACACGAGCGUCUGACGAAGAAAGUGUGCCUUUCCCCGGACCUUAGUGCCUUAUCGAUUCCAAGUGCCAGUGCGAUCGCGUUUUACGUACGAUUCGAUCGUUUCCGAAACAAGGUAUUCGUGAUCGAUCGUUGCUCAACCCUCGAUUGCAAAAACGUAACACACUUAUACGUUUCAGAUUCUUUUUUUUUUUUCUUUCUUUCUUUUCAAUCCGCGAUACGAGAAAUUCUCUCGGUCGUACUUUCUCUUCGUUUCGUCAGAACGAUUAAUAAAGGAAGCAUAUUUUAGAUUCUAGUCGAUUCCGAUUGGUCGUCGAGGGUUGAAGGACUGAGAAUAAAGAUAGACUAAUCCACGGGCUUGUUUAUAUAAUUAGAUAUCGGGUCAUUCCAUAAAUAAGUGUCGUUUAUUCACGCGCAAGUUUAAUUAAGGGAGGUCGUUUUGUCGAAUAAAGAGCGAUGUUAAUUAUGGAACGAGUCGAUUUAUUAUCUACGAAAACCGAGUAUUUUUUCUGAUUCAUUUUUUGCAUUGAUUGUAAAUCGCUUCGAGGCCGCAGGUCGGUUUCGAGGAAUCAAACUCGUGUUAAUUUAGAAAAGAUUAAUCUCGUAGAAAGCGUAUCUUAUUCCCGGAUAUAUUUUCGAGAAUGUGUUCGAAAGCGAAGCAUGCAAAACGCUUUAGUCAAGUGAAUCUCUCUAUCUCUCUUGACGAUAAAAAAGAAAAAGAAAACGAAAGUUCGAGCAUUUAAAGUCAGCAUGUUUUGUUUAUAGACUUAGGUGUAUUCUAGGUAUCGCGAGAAUGUCUCUGCACAAAGAUGAAAAGUGUAUUUUUGCAAUUUAGAAACGUACAAACGUGUUAGCGAAUUAAGUCGAAGACGUUGACCAAAGUCACAGAUACAUUGAAUAUUUCUGUGCUUUCUUCGGUUUCCGAAACUUUCACGAUCGUACGCGAACAAACUUUCUACACUUUUGCGCUCAUUCUCGAGGAACAAAACGAUCUGGAAGUUUCAAACUGUAUUGGCGAUGGAAGACAAAAGAAAAUCUUAUAAGGAGAACGUAAUUAAAAAAAAAAAAUAAAAAAGAUAAUUAAAUAAAAAUCAGAUUUCUUCCUUGUAAAAUAAAGUAGCCAUUCAGCUACGAAAAAAAGUGCCUUGUUUCUAUCAUCGCCAGAAAGAAGGUAACGUUUGUUCAUUGUCCGAUCAGCCUCGUUGAUAUUUAUUGCUUCCACGUUAUUUUAAGUAAUUAGCUGGUCGUUUGUAUAUAAAAUGUAAUUACAAAAAAGACAAGUGUCUUCGAUCGAGCAUCGGUUGAACUCUGUUCCGCUGUUUCAGCCGGAUCGAUUGAAAAAACAAUUACUCUGAUAUUUAAUUUAGGUGGAGAGCAUCGAGAAAACCUCGGUUUGAAUGGUUGUAACUCUGACUGUUCCUUGGGGACAUGGAUUAACCUGCCAUCGUGACUUCUAGCGUAAAUUGUGAAAAUGUUAUUUGUAAUAAAGACCAUUCGAAACCUA